UUAAGACAGGAAUUUAAAGUCUUAAAUUUCAACUGACAUGCGUAAGCUUACUGUUCAUAAAAAACAAAAAGACAAUAAUUAUUAAAACAUGUUAAACCAUCAUAAAUCAUAAAAAAAAAUUACAAAAUUUUGGAGAAAUAAAAAGAAGACAGAAAGGCCAAAUUAAAUGAAAUGUUUCCUAUAAAAUACCUUUAACUGAAUUUGUUUUAUCAUCAUAGUUCGGCUCACCUGCCAAGGAUACGUGUUCCGCCUGUUUGACACCUGUCUAUCCAAUGGAAAAAAUGCUGGCCAAUGAACUUAUCCUGCACAACAACUGUUUCUGCUGUAAACACUGUAAAAAGAAGCUCAGCAUUCACAACUAUUCAUCUCUUUAUGGAGAGUUCUACUGCACUUCUCACUACCAACAGCUUUUUAAAAGAACAGGAAAUUAUGAUGAGGGAUUUGGGCACAGGCAACAUAAAGACCGCUGGAUUCAGAAAAAUAAAGAAAUAAAUGAGCCAGAUACUCCGGCAACUCCCAAAAUGACAAAAAGCAACUUAAACACGUCUGAUGGUGUGUUUGUUAAAAGAUCGUCUGCAAGAGAGAUGGCAUAUAACACUGGUGCUGAUGUAAAGAGCAAACUGAAAGUGAGCUGGCCACCAGAGAAGAAGAGUUUUGGGGUUGAAUCAGCACAGCAAACAUAUGUGAAAAAGAAGACAGCUGACAUUGGCAAAACAUCUUCUUCAGGGCAUCACAAAAGUGACAACAACCAAUUAAAGAUCUACAAUGGUGGAGAAAUAAAAGAUGAAGUGAAGACAUUGUCAAGCUCCAUCAUUUCAGGGAUCAAGGAACGAUCUAAGACAACAGGUUAUACUUCAGCUGAGAAGUUGCCAUCAGGGAAAACAAAAGGCAGGAGUGAUCCAACCAAAGACAUCAUCUCUUCGACAACGCUUAACUUUUCUUCACCCUCCCUAGAAACAGGUAUUACUGUCACAAAGCAGAAAAAUGUGGAAUCCAUCACAAGAACAAACUACAAUCCAAAAUCUAACAGGCCGGACGCUUAUCUAAAUAAAGCUAGGAAGUCUGUUCGCUUUGCUCCGAAUUUUGAUGCUGCUCAGAAUGACCUGUCCUCUCAGCUGACCACGGGAGCCAAAGGUGAAGAUCACAGUACACUGCUUUCAGACCAAACUGAACAGAGCAAAGUGACACAAUCUGAGGAUAUAAAAGAUGUCAUUCACAAAAAUAACUGUGAUAAUUUGUCACUUGAGUUUAGCAAAGAACAGAGCCAAAGUGAGGUGUACCUUGAUAUCCCUGAAUAUAAAUGCCUCGGAGAAACACAACUGGAUUUGACACACCAAGGGCCUGAUGUUAAAGUGGAGAGCAGUCAAGAGGCCCCACAGACUGAUAUCACAGUUCUGAAUGGAGUCAUAGAAAAGGUUGAGAAAACACUUGAUGCUCAGAGUUUCACUGAGAUGUUUGAAUCAACUAAAGAAGUUGUGAAAUACCAAGAGCCAUCUGAGAUAUUCCAAGUCAUUCCAGAAAACUCUGUCAACCCGUGUGAAUCAGAAAUACCUGGUACUCUACACAGUCCUGCUGAACAUAUGACCAGAGAGGAGGCCAGUCUUGAGAGGAAUACAAAUCAGUUUGAAAACACUGAGUCAGCCAACGACCAAGAAAGUGCAAGUAGUCAGAAAAAGCCUGUUGCGAGAACAAAUUCUCUGAAGGGUUUUCCAAAACAGACUGAAAAGACAAAAGUCAAACUGGGAUCCUGGUCCAAAGGAAAGAGUCCUAUGUCUAAGCUCUUCACAUCAGGUGGAAGUGACAAAACAAACAAGAUUGAACCAAAAGAUGCCAAGAAACCAGAUGUCAAACCUAGUGGUGGACUCUUAGGAAGACUUUUUCAUUCGUCCUCAGAGAAGGCUGAGAACACCAUAAGAUCAGCUGCGCAAGAUGAAAUAAAAGACAAAACACCUGAUGAUGACAAGAAGACAGAGGAGGUAAAGAAGGACGUUACAAAAGAGAUUCAAAAGGAGGGCAAUGUGUCUCAAGUACCAACUCAGGAACAAGAGGCUGGAGAGCAUAUAAAGGAAAAGUCACAUUCUGCUGAGCCCAACACACUGGAGAGUAACAUAAGUGAGGCUGUAACCAAAUCUACAGAGCCGUCCAGCCUGCUCAAGACUUCAACGAGCGUAACAGGAAAGUACCUAACAGCUCCUGAGCAAACUGAUGAUCAAGAAUCAAAUUUACAAAGCAGUAGUCCUUCUGUAACUGAUCCUGAAACUAAAGAUCUCCCCAAUACUGUGCAAUCAGUGAGCCUAGUGUCUGAGGAGUCAAUCCACCAGUUUAUAUCUGCGAAAAGUGGUGAUAAAGUUUUGAGUGCUCCAAAUAAUGAUGAUUUUUUUGGGGACAGUAGUAGUUCAGCCCUUGUUGACCCGUUGGCCAUUCAGAUAAAUGCGAAUGAAUCUGCUCAAAAGCCAAAUGAACCACUUCAUGCAUCAGACGUAGGAGGAGACCUCGCCGUUGGAGCUCUCCUUGAACUUUCUCAAGAUUCCUCAAAUCUUUUUGAUCCGGAGAUUUUUGUGAAUACCCCUGGUGACAAUUUUUUAUCUUUUUUGAGUGACACCGAUUUGCCUGAAGCUGCUCCCACUGAUAGUUUCAACCUGCUUGAGUCUCACCCAUUACCACCUGAGAAUGACAUGAUGCUUGGCCUGAUAGAUCAGUUUAUAGUCCCAUCUUCAUUACACAUUAACCAAGAUGGGGACCAAAGUCCUUUUGGUACAAACAACCAGGCAAGAGAGCAUGGUGCAGACUUUGACAUAUUCGGUUCAAACAACGUUCUGUUCACUCAGCCACCUAAUGCGCCUCAUGAAGACGGAGCGGAUGCUUCCUCAAACCAACCACCUGCCUUUCCCGAUGACAUCUUCGGAAUCAGUGAUGUGGUUACGGCGCUGCCAUCCACCCCAGCCACUUCUAACUCACUGAACAAUUUACUUGCUUCAGAUACAUCUUCUGCUGUCGCUCCUUCAGCUCAGAAAGAUCUUUUUGCUGAUGACAUCUUUGCAUCAGAACCACAGCUGCUGGCAGUGUCUGAGCCUAGUGAUGUGAAUUUAUUUGUGGACAGCUUAUUGUCUGACAACAACAGCAUUGCGCAAACAGCAGAAAGCACUGUCAAAGAUAAUAGCUGGAUGGAUGAUUUGCUCGGGUAAAAGCAGGACUGUGAAUAUAUAUAAUAUAAUGAUGUAGUACACAAAGUUGGAAUGUACAAAAAAAUUAUUUCAUUAAGAUGUUUUUGAAAAAACAUUUUUUUAAGUUCAUAGAUAUGAUAACCACUUCACAUUUAAUUUUGAAUAAAAACACAACUUAUAUUGCAUUUUAUUUAGAAAUAUGUAUCAAACACAAUCUGCAACAAAAAUGUAAUUUCAAGUUUGUGCAAUAAUACAGUAUGUGUCUACAGCUGCAACAUUGAUGUAUUUUAUGAUAUGGAUAUGAUUUUCUUUCAAAGUUAACCCGCAGAGAAGCAAAGGAUGUGAAGUUUUCUGCACAGCUAUAUUUUGAAGUGAUUUUGCAUGAAUAAAUAGUUAUUAAAAACAGUCAAGAAUAACAAGUAUUAUUUGACUGUGAAAUGUCUGUAAACACUAUAGAAAAAUGAAACUGUAAAUAUUCUGAUGUGAA